AUGUUGCUCGCUCAUUUGUUUUCCUUUCUUUUCUCAUGUCUCGUCUCUGCGCCACACUGUCGACCUGGUCCAAGCCACAAGCCUGUUCUCGACCUCUGGCAACCUCGUGCUUCGGUCUACGACAUCUGCCUCUCCUGGUGCUUCCGCCUGUUCGCCACACCUUCUCUCUGCUCUGGCUUGUCUCCUCAAAGUCGGCUCCAAGACUCCAUACUGUGGCGGUGUGCUGCGUCGAGGCUGGAUGUAGAGGUACAGGCCUCGGCGUCUUCUGGAAAUAACUGGCUACUCGUCUACUUCUACUUCUGGCCGCCGCUUGACUGUCUGCCUGGUCGCCUGACUGUCGCCCUUCUCGCCUCGUCUCUGUGCUUGGCUGCUCUGAGCCUGCUCUACGCUGUCGGCAUGCACGAUCGCUCUGGGCUUCGGCGAUUGGCUUCUCCGCUCCCUCCCGACUCCAUUAGUGGCUGGCUGAAUGCGAUGGAUUUCUUAUCUUUCUCCUGGCUAUCCUAUGGCUGGUCAUUGUACUCGAUCUUGGCUAACACUUUCACAUACGUUUUAUACCCGCACGUUAACGGCGUUUGGUUCUAUCCAUCUGUCGCCUGUGCCAAGCCAAGGCGACGGCACAAGGUAUUCUUGGCUGUUGCGCCUUUCUCGCUAAAUGCUUUGCCCACAGUUUCUUCAAUUGCAUUCAAAGACGCAUCCACACUUUCCGUCGAUCAAUACGUCGGCCCGUCGCCGUCAAAGAUCGUGUCCUCCCUUCUCCCCCUCCCUCCCGCCUUGUCAAGUCUCUCAUCGAGUCUCCUAUCAGCACACUGCCGACCCAUGAAACGGUCGUACGAACGUAGCAAGGGGAAACCAACAUGCGCCUGA